CUACAUUUAGUUCAGUUCAUUUGAUGGCCAGACAAAGCAGUCCAAUUCAGCGCCAAUAACAUGAUUAAUAAACCAAACGGGUUCCUCCAGCGUCAUCCCGAAAAGGCGGAGCAUAACCAGUACUGGUAUUCAGCCCACACAAUUGGAAAGAUUGUUGAGGAGCUGACCGCCUCAGCAACGCGCAUAGCCUGCCUGUCGACCCCGUCUAUUUACUUUUCUCUCCCUCGCGGGUCGCAGCUCCGAUCAGAUGCCUGGCUGUUUGACCUGGACGAACAGUGGGCAUCCGACCCCCACUUUGUGCGCUACGACUUCAACGUACCAGAGGACAUUCCGACCCAAUUGCUUGGGGCCUUUGACUGUGUCGUCAUUGACCCACCCUUCAUCACGCGGGAGGUGUGGGACAAGUACGCGCAGGCGGCGAAACUGCUGCUGCAAUCCGGAGGCAAGGUACUGGCCACAACGGUAGCUGAGAACGCUGCCAUGCUGGCGGAGCUGCUGCCGGAUGUGCGGCCCACCCCGUUCCGGCCGUCCAUCCCGCACCUCAUCUACCAAUACAACCUCUUCACCAACUUCCCGCCAGCAGUAUUAUGCCACCCCAACCCCGAAAUCCCGCCCGACGACUGAAGAGAGGAAUUCACGCAGUGGAAGAAGGACGCGGUUGUGCGGGCACUUGCAUGCACGCGCACAUUGUAUCGGCUUCCGUUUGUAUCUCACGCCAGCCGCGGCCCUUGCAUGCGUAUGUCUGAAGAUCUCAGGCAGAUAGCUGCAUGGUUUUGCUGUUGGUGGUUCCUGUGGAGGGUUCCGGCGGGAUGGCUGACAUUUCACUAGUACCGGAUGACUGGCAUUUCACUGGUACCGGAUGACUGGCAUUUCACUGGUACCGGAUGACUGGCAUUUCACUGGCAUUUCACUGGUACCGGUAUCAUGUUGUCCAGUAGACCAGCCUCGGGCUGGAGAAUAUAACGAGCAGCCAGCUGAGUAGCCAGGAGCCGUAACCAGUAGCCAGCUGAGCACAAUUAGGGGGGGCCCAUCGAGCCGUAAACCUGGCGGGCCAGGCCGCGCGACCCUAGAUGUCCGGCCGUAGGAAUUGGUAGGUGCCGAUGUGUGUGUGUGGGGGGGCUAAUCCGGGCCGCAUGUGUGCUGUGUGGACCCUGCGUGUGGGCUGCCGUGCGGAAGGGUGGAGGUCGACGCUGGAGGACGAAUUGGGCUGCUUAAUUAUGCGUGUUGGAAGACGGCCAAGGCUGGUUUGCUGUAUUAUGUAUAUAUGGCUAGUUCGACGCAUUCCUUAAUGCACACCAUGCAGGACGGAGCUUGGCGUUGCAUUCUGUAUAUUUAUCUAGGCCAUGAUUUGAGAUUCUGGGCUGAUGGAAAUGAGGUGGCAUCGUGCGCUGAUAAGAUGCCAGCCUGGGUGGCCUUUAACGUUCGGCGCCUAUCUAUCGUGGUGUGUAUGGCGUAGGGCGAUGAGCUGCAUGGUGGGCAAAUUUGCGGGGAGCCCCAAUGCGGCUCGGAACGAUGUCGUAUUGGUGAGCAGAGCCGCUUCUCAAGUUGCAAAAUUAAAAAAAUGGAAGUGUAAUUUUUGGGAGG